ACAAGAGUUAGUAGAAAGAUGGCGGCCUUCCUUUAGGUAAUUGAAAUUUUGUGAAAAGGUUACUCUUGCCUGCUGACAGAAUGGUCCGAAUGAAAGUGAUAAAAUGUCCAUCGGACAAAUUGUCUUUAACAAAUUGUCUUGUGGUGAACGAGAAUGACUUCAGUCGCGACAGAGUCAAACAUGUUGAGGUUCGGACCAAUGCUCCACAAGGCUACAUCUUUACCAUAGAAGUAUCACAGGAUGUUCCACAAGGUUCUGUAGGAUUCAGUCUUGUCCAGAGAAAGUGGACCAAUGUAGCGCUUAACAGUAUCAUAGAUGUUGUUCCAUACAGAUUUGGUGAAGGAUCAUACCUGUCAAAUAUUACUUUUGAAGCAGAUUUUCUUCAGAAGGCCAAGGGUAACCAAGAUGCCUAUGAUACAAACAAAAUGGCAGAGGAAUUUACACACUUAUUUUAUGACCGGGCUUUUUCUGUUGGUCAGCAGGCUGUAUUUUCUUUUCAAGACAAGAAAUACCUCAUUCUUGUUGUAAAAAGUAUGGAAGUUAUUGAUGUCAGUCUUCUUGGUGGGGCCAAGAAUAAUGCUUCUCAAGGAACAAAUGUUGAUAUGGGUCUCAUUACAAGUAAUACCCAUGUGCUUUUUGAAAGAGCAGAGGGUUCCAUGUUGAAUCUGACAGGGACAGCCAAAGGAAAAGCAGCAACACAGUCCAUUAUCAGUAGAGACUGGGACUUCACAAAGCUGGGAAUUGGAGGCCUUGACAAGGAAUUCUCUAACAUCAUAAGAAGAGCUUUUGCCACAAGGCUUUUCCCCCCAGAAGUCGUGGACAAAUUAGGACUUCGGCAUGUCAAGGGUAUUCUGCUACAUGGACCGCCAGGAACUGGAAAAACGCUGAUGGCUCGGCAAAUUGGCAAGAUGUUAAACACAAGGGAACCUAAGAUUAUCAGUGGACCAGAGGUUCUCAAUAAAUACGUUGGAGAAUCGGAAGCCAAUAUCAGAAAGCUAUUUGCAGAGGCUGAAGAGGAACAGAAAAAGUUUGGUGAUAACAGCGGACUUCAUCUUAUAAUCUUUGACGAGUUUGAUGCAGUUUGCAAGUCAAGGUACAUGUACAAUAGCGGAGGCACUGGAGUGCAGGACUCAGUUGUAAAUCAACUUCUUGCAAAGAUUGAUGGUGUGGAACAACUUAAUAACGUUCUUCUCAUUGGCAUGACAAACAGAAGAGAUCUCAUCGAUGAUGCCUUACUCAGACCUGGACGACUUGAGGUUCAAGUUGAGAUUGGCCUACCAGACGAACAAGGACGCGUACAAAUCCUGGAGAUUCACACAGCAAAGAUGCGAGAACACAAGUUACUGGCAGCAGAUGUCGACCUGGCUGAUUUGGCCGUCCAAACAAAGAACUUCACCGGGGCAGAGAUUGAGGGACUGGUGCGAGCGGCACAGUCCACUGCCAUGAACCGCUUCAUUCAGCUCAAGAAUAAUUUCGAGAUCGAUCCUGAAGCAGCUGAGAAGAUAGUUGUGAAGCAUGAAGGUCCUGUUGGAUGUGGCAAGACGGCCCUCGCUGUGCACUUGGCUCUAAAGUCGGACUUCCCUUUCAUCAAGUUGUGCACACCAGAAAACAUGAUCGGAUUUGUGGAAAGCGCAAAAUGCCAAACCAUUAAAAAGAUAUUUGACGAUGCUGACAAAUCGGAGUUGAGCUGUAUCGUCGUGGAUGACAUAGAACGGUUGUUAGACUAUGUUGCUAUUGGGCCAAGAUUUUCAAACACUGUUCUUCAAGCUCUACUUGUGUUGCUCAAGAAAAAGCUAAGAAAGGGUCGUAAAUUGAUUGUGAUCGGAACAACCAGCUGCCGAGAUGUAUUGGAAACCAUGGGCAUCGUGGAAGCGUUUAAUACUGUAAUCCAUGUGCCCUCAAUCUGGUCCGCAGACCAACUCAAACAAGUGCUACAGGAAUCAAAGUUGUUUGAGGAUGAUGAGAUUAAACAAAUUGAGAAGAACAUCGGCCAGAGAAGACUCUGUAUUGGAAUAAAGAAGUUACUCAUGAUGGCGGAAAUGGCAGUUCAGACUGUCAAGCGGGACCGAGUUGAUAAAUUUGUAUGUCUUCUGGAAGACGAAAACUGCCUAAGAGGCCCACAGACAUAAUCGAGACCAUCAACAAAAAUGAAACGACUGCAGAUGCUUCUUGUUCCAAGCAAUUCGAGAGUUAAUUCUGUUCCACACUGAGGAUCGAACCCUGUGCAUGUGUAACAUUUGAUUCAGGACAGUCAGCUACAGCAGUUGAAUAGCUCUCGUAAAGCGUGCUCUUCGAUUAAGUGUCUUACAACCAAAGCCAAAAUCUUGUACAGACAACGAAAUAUCAAAUCGGCGGGAAAACACGAAAAA